GCUGCACGUGGCUCUUCCUCCGCAGCGUUCGUCUCGGUCUGCCCCUCUAGCCUCACUCUCGCGAGUCUUGGGUAAACCUCAGACAAGAAGAGACAUGGCCAACAAGCAAGGCGGGUUGAAGGCUGAGGUGAACAAGGCUGAUCUUGUGGGCCUUUGUUUUUAGACUGUGUGUCUCAGAAAGAUUUUCCAGGCUCCUGACUUCAUCAGCACUGGGGUGUCAAGAAAGGCGGAGCGACGGGAGGACUUCCGGUAGGGCCAGCCUCAGGGAGACGGAAGUAGGCCAGGGAGUAAGUGGCUUAAGGACUGGAGGGGUGUAAGGUGGAGAUGGAGGAGAAGGUGGAGCCACAGGACUUCCUGAAGAGCUUCAGGGAGUUCCUGAGCCAGCAGACCCACUGUAGAGAGAACAUGCUGGCUGGGGACCUUACUCAGGCCCAAGGUCCCGGAGCCCCCGGGGAUGUCCUGGACAAGAGCCGGGUGCUGAUGCUGGACGACUUCGAAAGGACCGUGGACGGGAAGCUGCAGUGCUCAUACUGUGGCUAUUCCAGCCAGAGAACAGCUCGGCUGAUGGAACAUACGAGAAUCCACACGGGCGAGAAGCCGCACAGGUGUCGCCUGUGCCCCUUUGCCUCGGCGUACGAGCGGUACCUCGAAGCCCACAUGCGUUCCCACACCGGAGAAAAGCCAUACAAGUGUGAAUUGUGCGCCUAUCGCUGCAAUUACGGAAGCAACCUGUCCCACCACCGUAGGCGCAAGCACAAUUUGUUACCGCUGACAGGUCCCAGGGCCUCCUUAAGCAGCGUGAAAAUGUGGGGCACCUUACAGAGUAAGAGCAACGUGGAGGAUGGCAAGCAAGGGGUGCUCAUCGCCUUAACUCCGCCUUCUGUGGUUCAGAAACCAGAUCACCUGAGUGAUUCCACACACACGAUCCCAAAUGUUCAGAAUGGCUUCUGUGACAGUACGGAUCAAACUUCAGUUUGCAGACUGCCGAGGGACCCACAAGGACUCUUGUUUGUGGAUGAUCCUUUGAAUCAGCUGUCUGACCUAGCAGGACACUGGUCCACCUUGCCACCCGAAAACCAAAACUCCAUCUCUGCUGAUGUAGACUCCAUCCUAGAAGAGUGGAAGCCUUUCGUGAUGCAACAGCCCUCUGCCCAAGGGAGUGUCCCUCAGAGCUCUCUCAUACUCUUCAGGCUUUCUCCACCGUCGUCGUCGUCGUCGUUGAGUCAGAGGGACUGCAGUCCACUGGCAGGGCCCAGCAGGCAGCCAAGUGGCUACCCCAGUACUCCCAUCCUUGGAAACAGCCAGCCAAGCAGUCCAGCCCCAACCUUGAAGGUGCAGGGCCCUCAGCUUCUUUACUUCUGCCAGCACUGUGACACAUACUUUGCAGACAAUGUCCUUUACACUAUUCAUAUGGGAUGCCACGGGUAUGACAAUCCCUUCCAGUGUAACAUAUGUGGAUUCAACUGUGAGAACAAGUAUGACUUUGCCUGCCACUUUGCACGAGGUCAACAUAACUAGAGCUGAGGAGGACCAGCUGUCGCUUUACCCAUGUUAGCCUUUUGGUGUGUUUGUAGUUUGGUUUUAGGUUUUAGUUACUCUUGGUUAAGGCUUUUUCUAAUUUAAAGCUUGCUGUAGUUGGUAGAAACCUCUCUUCCCACUCCUCUUUUGAUACAAUUCGACCUGGUCAGGGUUGUAUGAUAGAUACUUACCCUUUUCUUUCCAUCAGAAAGUCAUGUGACAAUUGAUGUUCAAUCAAAACCUUACAAUGUAUUCAGAUGUAUUUUCUCUGUUUACGACCCUUUAGGCUUUAAGGAUUGUUCACACUCUUGGCAUUUCUCAUAGUCAUUGAAUUUAGGUAUUAUUUCUGUUGUAUUUCAAAAUGGAAUAAUUUCCCCCUAUAAAUUGGUUGCACCCUCUUUCCUUGCUGGUAUUGACUUUAAAGUUGCCUGUAGUUGAAAUAUUGUCUAGUUCCUAUACUGAAAUUGGACUAGUAGUUUCAAGUGGAAAUAACAAGGCUGUCUCAGUAUAGUAA